GCUCUGUUUUUCAUAUUUUGCUCGUCUUCAUUUUGCGUUGAUAAAUACUUUUUCGUUGGUUGCUCAAUGCUUUGUACAUCUGAAGGCUGAAUUAUUUUUAUUUUUUUUUGUAAUUUUUCGUUGAUCAGAUUAUUCAACAUCUGACAAAAUUUUCAUUUCUUUUGGUGAUAGUCUUUGUUGCUCCAGAUAUUUAAUGAUGAUAUCGCGAGCAAUUGGGGCUUUUCUACUGCGUCAUUGAUUAAUAGUUAUUGAAAGGGUAGUUGAUUGCAACGAUAAAGAGAAUGCACAAAAAUACUGGGAUUUUAGCUGUUUUCCAACAUUACUUGUUAGCUCACUAAUUACAUUAGGUAAUAUAGCCCCGGAUCCGACGUGGUACUGAGAGUUCGUUUUGAAUAGAGAGGUUUUACUUGUAAGGAAGCAUGAUUUUUGUAGAGAUACAUACACAAACAUGGAUAGCUUGAGAAUGUGCUUCCAAGUGGAAUUGAUCUCUGAUUGUAGACAUGGACAGUAAGUUCUGUGGACAGACUUAUGCUGAUUCGCCCAGCUCAUCACAAAGUAAUCACAAUAUAAACUUGCGGAACAUCUCUGUGCAGACGGGGGAGGAAUUUUUAGAUGAAUUUUUGAGGAGAAGAGUUCAUGUUGCAAAUGAUGCUGAUCAGACACACCUGAGUAAAACAGGUUCUGAUGUUGUUCAGAAUGAACGUAUUACAAGUCUUCAUGAUACUAGGAAAAGAGAUACCGAGAUUUGCCCAGAUUAUUUAUAUUUCUCUUCUGGCGAGGGACAUGCAGUAGAGGUGAAUUCCAAGUAUUAUGUGAACGGAUCAAAUGCGUAUUACAGGGAAUUGCAGGUAAAUGGGCAGAAUCAUAGAGAGUUUUCCGAGAAUUUGGAUAGAGGCGGUCCAUCUGGUCCACUUGUCCACUCAUCAGAGUCUCCUCGUUCAAAUCUGAGUUCUAGUAAAGGAUCAGGAUUUACAGACAAUUCAUUUUCAGUAAAGUUAAAAUUCCUCUGCAGUUUUGGAGGAAAAAUAUUGCCACGACCAAACGAUGGGAAACUUAGAUAUGUUGGUGGUGAUACACGGAUUAUAUCUCUUGGGAAAAAUGCAACCUAUCUGGAGCUUUUGAAAAAAACUAUGGUGAUCUGUAAGUACCAUCAUACGAUCAAAUACCAACUUCCCGGGGAAGAUCUGGACGCACUUAUAUCUGUGGCUUCUGAUGAAGAUCUUCUUCUUAUGAUCGAAGAAUAUCACGAUCUAGAGAAAAUUUCUCAGAGAUUGAGACUUUUUCUUGUUGCUUCUGGUGAUCUUGAGCGUCCAUAUUCUUCAGAAGGUAGGACUUCUGAUUCUCCAUAUGUUGUUGCUGUUAACGGCUUGGUGGAUUCUAGCCCUCAAAGAAGCUACAGCAGGGAGAGCUUGGAAAGCCAGUGGACAAAUAAUGUUGAGACUCCAUCUCUACAAAUGGACUCCCCUACUCCUUUUCGUUAUUUAGAAAAUCAGAAUGGAGGUGGUUCGUUAAAUACCACAUGGACACUUUCAAGCCCCAGCGGUCAGGCCUUUAGUACUCCUCAAUUACCUUCCACGACCUAUGUGUCACCAUCUCCGUUGUCUCUUUUUCAGUUUACAGAUCCCAAUGCUUCCUACAUGAAAGGGUGUGAAGAUGUUCAUUCUUCAUAUGCAUAUACGAGCAAUUUUCCAUAUGUUAUGGAAAGCCCUGCAAACAAAAAUCCCCGUUGUUUUGAUGCUUCAGUCUAUUACCAUAACCAGCAUGUUGAUACGCAGCCAGUUAUGGAUAGCUCAAAUCAAAACAACUAUAUGGUACAAGCACAUGCUACUCCUUUAGUGUUGUCUCAGUUUCAUAUGCCUAGUAGAGACCUUCAGCCUCCAUCAUAUGCUCCCAGGUUUGUCGAUGCUGGGAUAGGUUUUUCGAAUGUGCCACCACAUUCCGAAAAGUUAGUUCCUUCUCAAGAUAAAUUUGGUUUUUCUCCAGUUAAUGGUGGUAAUGCCAACUCUCACUGGAUAAACACCAAUCGUAUUCUUGAAUCACAGCCAACGAAUGAAGAGUCAUCAAGUGUCCCGUUAGACCAAGAGAUAGAAAUGAUUUCAUUGGCUUUUACUGGAGAAAAGUUACCAUCCCUUGCAGUGUCUGUUUCAUCUCUUCAGGAAGUUGAAGGCCAGAAAGAACGUGAAAAUGAUCAAGUAACUAGGAAUGAGUAUCAAGUUUUUCAUGAAACUGUCAAUCUUAACAAGGAUUUUAUUGAAUGGGGGGAAGAUACACUAAUGCCAGUGAAUAAUGAUUCUGUUGAUCAGGAUAGGGAAACUUAUGCCAUUGAGCAGAAUUCUAUCUUAAAUGACGAGUUUUUGGAGCACACAAAGAAUUUGCCUCAAAUAAUCUGCCGCGCAGAUUCACAACUCUCUCUUCAUGUCUCAAAGUCUAAGUUGCAGAUGAAUGGAAGCAAAAACUCUUCUUCAUCAUUUAGUACUGCAGAAUAUCCAGCAGAUUACUGGAAAGAGCUUUCUGGAAACUGCCAAAUAUGUAAGAAUGAGCCUGAAUUUCUCAUCAAGAGCCAAACAGGACCUCAUGCAACUGACUGUGAUACAGCUUUCUUUGGUAGUCAUGUGCUUCAUCCAGUUUCAACCAAUGGAAAUACCCAGUCGCAAUGUGUCGAUUCAGUUCUUCAUCCAGAUAAUUCUAGUGCACGUUUAUGCUUGACAGAUCAUCUCCUAUUUCCAGAAACAAUCUUAGACCAUGCUCUGGACGGAGAAGUCUCUUGCCAGAAGGAAAUGGUGAUGAAGUCUAGCGACAUGGAAAGUUCUCAUGAAUGCAAAAAUAAGAAAAUUCCAUGCAUAAAUUCUCUGGAGGACUUGAUUAUUACAAAUGACACCUUUGGCAACUCUCAGUACCCAAAUAAUUGUCAUAAAUCUGGCAUACUGCAAGGUCCUGGUAAAGUUGAAGAUGUGGCUGGGCAACAUGUAAUCCCUACCUCCUCAACAAAUGUCAUUCCAAGACCAGAUGAACACAAUGAAGCUUCUGAGUCCCCUGAAGAUACACCAGGAACUGAAAGUCAUCCCUCUGAAUCUAAUGAUUAUGAUGUUGAAGUUGAUGAAGUGACUACAAUUGAAUCAUUUAGUGAAGCUGCAGUCAUUGAAAUGGAAGCUAGCAUCUAUGGUUUGCAGAUCAUAAGAAAUUCGGAUCUUGAAGACCUACAAGAGUUAGGAUCUGGCACCUUUGGAACAGUAUUUCAUGGAAAGUGGAGGGGGACAGAUGUUGCAAUCAAGAGAAUAAAAAAGAGCUGCUUUGCUGGGAGAUCUUCCGAACAAGAAAAACUGGCCAAAGAUUUCUGGAGGGAGGCUAAAAUUCUUUCCACACUUCACCAUCCCAAUAUAGUAGCAUUCUAUGGGGUGGUUCCAGAUGGACCCGGGGGAACAUUGGCCACUGUUACAGAAUACUUGGUAAACGGGUCACUACGACAUGUCCUCUUGAGGAAGGGUCGAGUCUUGGAUCAGCGUAGAAAGGUUAUAAUUGCACUGGAUGCUGCUUUUGGCAUGGAAUACUUGCAUUUGAAAAAUAUUGUUCAUUUCGAUUUGAAGUGUGACAACUUGCUAGUUAACUUGGGCGAUCCUCACCGGCCUGUGUGCAAGGUUGGUGAUUUUGGACUAUCAAGAAUCAAGCGGAAUACACUUGUUUCAGGAGGUGUUCGAGGAACACUUCCUUGGAUGGCUCCAGAAUUACUAAAUGGAAAUAGUAGUCGGGUUUCUGAGAAAGUAGAUGUUUUCUCCUUUGGCAUCGCGUUGUGGGAGAUUUUGACAGGAGAAGAACCUUAUAUGAAUAUGCACUGUGGUGCUAUCAUAGGUGGAAUUGUGAGUGACGCACUGAGGCCACCAGUGCCAGAACGAUGUGAUCCAGAGUGGAGAAAGCUGAUGGAACAGUGCUGGUCGCAUGAGCCUGAAGCAAGGCCGCCGUUUUCUGAGAUAACGAGGAGGCUGCAAGGAAUGUCUAAGGCUAUACUACCAAAGAGAGUGAAUAGAGUUAAGAGAUGAAUGAGAAGGCAUAAAUCAUGAAAGAUGUUUCUCUUCUUUUUCAAAGGACCUUCCAGUCCUUGAGCUGUUGUGUAUCUAUUUUUGUGUACAAAUCCUUCUCUGCUUCUUCAUUGGAAGUGUGCAUGUGACCAAAUCUUCAA